AUGCCUCGUUCAGCUUGGAAAGGUCCAUUUUUUGUAGCAUUUCCUGGUUUAAAACAAGCUAUUCAAUCUGGUACUCCUAUUGCUACUCAGGCUCGUAGUUGUACCAUUUUACCAUCAUUCGUUGGACUCAAGUUUUUAGUGCAUAAUGGAAAAGAAUAUAUGCCAGUUCAUGUGACUGAAGAGAUGAUUGGGCAUAAAUUAGGUGAAUUCUCUUUUACAAGAAAACGUUUCGCUUAUCGUUUUACAAAGAACAAAUAA